AUGAAAAAAUUAAUAAUCUUUGUAUUUUUACUAAUUUUUUUAUUAGAGAAAAAUUUUUUAAAUGGAUCUUUAAUAACUAAUGAUAUUACAAUUGAUAAAACUCAAUAUUCAAUAUGGAUGACUGGUGGUUCUACAAAUCAAAGGUGUAGUACAUAUUUUACUGUUCUAGUUACUGACACUGCAAAUCCAAAUUCAAAAUUAACAGUCACAGCUCCAGGUUAUACUGUUAGUGCUAUUACUUAUAUGGCUAAGAAAAAUGAUACAUCAAUUUCUGUACCCUACUCCAUAGGUACCAGUAGUAUUCAACAAGGAUCUUAUAGUAUAUUAAUAACUGCUAAAAAUGAUAAUAGCGAAUCUUCCACCCUUACAAUUCCCUUUUUAUGCUAUAAACUUACCACUGCAAAUAAUGGAGUUGUUUUCUCAGGAAUGAAUGCCUCACCAUUUGGUUUUAUACUCCUCCAAUUUUAUUUAAAUGGAGUUGAAGGAAAGUCAUAUAGUAAAAUUCCAAAUAGCAAAGGAACUGGAAUGGCUGCAAUUUAUCAGAGUAAAGCAUUAUUUCUAUCUCCUAUGUUAUUAAAUGGUCCUGGAUUUAUAUCAGCCGAAAUUGAAGAUACUAUAACUGUAACUUCACCUAAUUAUUACUCUCUUACAAAUUAUGAUAAAGUGAGUGUUUCAAGAUUGGUAUUAACUCAAAAUAUUCAAGUUUUGGGUGAUUUAUAUGCUCCUCUUUUUAUAUUUACAUCAAAUUCAACAUAUAUGUCGCCCUGGGUCAAUUUUUUUACAAAUCAAUUUGCAAUUUUUAGAAUAAUUGGUGGCAAUAAUUUAUCAACAACCUAUUUAGGUUUAUAUGAUUACAGACCAUAUGAUGGCGUAUUAACUAACUAUACUUUUUGCGCUCAAGAUCAAGCAUCUUGUACUUUAAGGGAUUCAGUACAAUAUAAUAUCACAGGUUAUAAAACAACAUUAUCAAUACCAUUGAAUAGCGAAACUUCAAGAUAUUUUGUUACUCAAGAUAGAAAUAUUGUAAAUACUGGGUUUUCAAGCGGUCCUUAUAAUUAUGAACCAAUUUAUUUAAAAUACCAAACAUUAAGAACUUAUAGAUUCCCAUUUGGAUUUAAAAUUGGUAAUAAUUUAAAUGGAUUUAAUUAUUCAAUGUCAUUUUUAAUUGCAAAAAAUGAUCCAUUAAUGGGUACAUUUAGUGUAACUUCAGAUACAGGAUACAUAGUUAAUGGAUACACCAAAAUAUUAGUUUCACCUGAGUCAACCAAUUCAACUUACCCAACAUUUAAUUCAAAUCAAUUCAUUUAUAAAUAUGAUAGAUUUUAUUUACUUAGACUUGAUAUUAGUUAUAGCUACAAAGUUUUUAAAUUUUUAUUGGGUACUUCAAUUUAUUCAUUGCAAUCACUUGCAGGAGAUGGUAUUUAUGAAAUAGUUGUAGAUACACUUAAACCUGUGGCUCCAUUUAGUGCAAAUAGUAUUUUAAGUCCAUUUAAUGAUUUCAACUACCUAAAUAAUUUUGAUUGUCCAUUUAUAGUACCACCUGUUUUUGAAUUGGGUUUCAAUAUGUAUGAUAUUAGAAAUGCAUCAAUACUUUUUAAAACAAUGAAUGUAACAAAUUCAGUUGCAGGAAAUAUUCUUUAUUUUAAUUUGACAAAUAUAGAUAUUGAUUCACCAUUGAGUUUAUUUAUUCACCACCAACCAUCAACACAAAAAUUCCAAACCAUCCAAGACCAAACAAUUCCAUCUGAAUUGUAUCAUAAAGUUUGGCCAGCAAAAUGGAAUGAAACAAUUAGAAUGUUUCAAGCAGAGUUUUAUUUGCCAAGAAAUUCUAAAAGUGGAAAUUUACCGUAUGCACUCUUUUUUAAAAGAAAUGUAUUUGUUUUAAAUAAUGCAUUUGGUAGUGAUGCUCAAUUUAAUGUAAUUUCUGAAAAAAUGGAUUUGCUAGGUCCAAUAUUUAAAAAUAUUGAAAAGUAUCCAUCAUCAUCAUCACCAGUUAUAACUCAAACUAAUACUGAGAUCGGUUGGAAAUUAACAAUUAGUGAUCCAAUUAAUGGUUUUAAAAGUGGUUAUAUUGUAGUUAAAGGUGCAAUUGAUGGUUCAAAUUAUAAUUUUACUAUUAAUCCAACAAAUAAUAUAUUCGAACAAGUAUAUACAGUUGGUAUUAAUUUAUCAACUCCUUGUAUUUCUCAAGACUAUAUUAUUUCUGAUGUAUUACUAUUUGAUACUGAAAAUAAUAAUUCAACAUUUACAUUAUUUAAUGAUGACAAAUUCAUAGGAUUAUCACUUUUUAAUCCAUUUAUGAAUUAUCUCGGUGAUCCAUCAAUCAAUAAAAUAUCAGUUACUUGUCCAAAUGAGGUAUAUGAUCCAACACCAGUUGUAAUUAAAAAUUUUGUUUGUGGUAAUAAAACAGUUGAUGUAGGUUUAAGCUAUAGAAUCGUUCCAUUUUAUUUAGAAGUUGAAAAUUUAGCAUCUGGUGUAAAAAAUAAUAGUUACCCAGUAAUUUAUUUAACUGCAACUGAUUUCGAUACAAUUCAAUGUCAAAUUACAUCUGAAACAAUAAUAACACCAAAAUCAAAAUCAUAUCAAUGUUCAGCUUCAUUACCAGUAGCAUUCGGUUACCCAUUUGGAAUUUUAUUGUCAGUUUAUGGUUUAGUAAAUAAUGGUGGAUACUACAGUGGUUAUAGCUCUGAUGAUAUUAAUAAAUUAGGUUUCCAAUAUUUUAUUAAUACAACCUAUACAAUCGAUAUUCCAGUUAUUACAGGUUCCGAUAGAAUUUCAACAUUUGGUGGUGAUUUAUGGUUAACAGGUAAAGGAUUUAAAUCAGUUACUGGUGCAACAUUCAAUUAUAAAUCAACUACUAAACCAUUACAAGUUAACAAAAUUAUUGGAGGUGCUGCUAUUUUAUUAGGCGGUAUCACUGAAAUGGAUCCAGGUACCUACUUUAGUAUUAUUUUAGAAAAUGAUAAAUCAAUAUCUUCAAAUGAAUAUUUUAUUUAUCCAUAUCAAAAAGUAUUGAAUUAUGUACCAACUCGUGAACCAGAAACUCCAUCACCAACUCCAACACCAACUGUAACACCAGACCCUUCAACUCCAAUUCCAACACCAUCUCAAACACCAACGGAAACACCAACUCAAACACCAUCUGAAACCCCCAUUGAAACACCAUCUGAAACACCAUCUCAAACACCAACUCAAACUCCAACUCAAACACCAACUAAAAAACCACAAUGCCCAGGAAAACCAGAAUGUGGUGGUUCAAAUCAAGGUUAUUGUGAUACCAGUACAUCGGGUUGUGUUUGUUUCACACCAUGGGUUGGUAUUGACUGUACAUCCAAAGUUAUUAUUGUACCACAACCAUCAAUUAAUACAACCGAUCCAUCAACCGAAAUUUCAACACCAAACGGAACAACUACUACCUCAUCGAAUCUUGAUAUUACAUUUAGAUCUUUAAUAUCAUUAGUAGCUUUAAGAGAACUCGAUUAUGAAUAUAAUGUAAUCAAUACCUAUUACUUUGAAAAAUGGAUUUACAGUGAUUUAACUAAUAAUACAUCUAUGUAUAUAACUAAUAUUACAAGAGAUGACAUUACAAUAUCACAAACAAAUGUAACUAUUCAAUGGUUUGAUAAGGCUACAAAUAUAUCAUUCGCUGGUAAUAAUUUACAAAUGAACCCAUCAACUUCAAAAUAUACAAUUUCAAUCAAUUCAUAUCCAUUUAGAAAUCGAUUAAGUAAAUUAGAAUUAUUAAUGUCAGCAACAUUUGAAUCAUCUAGCAGUGACGAUAUUUGUUCAUCUCAACAAUUUGGAAAUAAUACAAACGAAGAUUAUUUAAAAAUUCAAAUUGGAGAUCAUUCAAUGUAUGCAAGAUUCUUAAAAAGAGGUAUUGCAGAUGGACUAAUUACCCCAAUCGAUAAUAGAGUUAUUGAAAAUAAUCAAACUCAAUCAAAUUCUGAAUCAUUCUCAUCUUCAUAUAUUGGUAUUAUAAUACCACAGUAUAAAUCUAAAGUUAUAGUAGAUCCUGAUUUCUCAGUAUUAUUAGAUCAUUCAUCAAGUUCAUCUUCAUCACCAAAUUCAAUUUGUUCUAAAAAAUCCAGUGGAUUAAGUGGUGGUGAAAUUGCUGGUAUUGUAAUAGGUAGUGUCACAUUUGCUGCAGUAGUAAUAUUCUCACUUUCCUUUCAUUUUGUAAAAAGGAAUCAAGAAAAUAAAUUUAAUAGAUCCAUUACAAAUAAAUUGGAAAAAGUAAAAUAA